CGACAUGUGACUUUGGGAAAACGGGUCCCCUCAAUAAUGCAACUUGUUAUUCCCUUCAUAAAAAAAGGCUCUAUGGCUGCUGUUAUUUCCAGUUUAGGCUUCUUCUAGUUUUUGCAAACAGCCUGUCGCCAUGUCCGGUCGUGGAAAGAAAGCUGUCUCCAAAUCGAAGACUUCCACAAGUCGCUCUGUCAGGGCAGGUCUCCAGUUUCCUGUAGGCCGAAUUCACCGUCUGCUGAAGAAGGGACAUUACGCUGCCCGCAUUGGUACAGGAGCUGCAGUCUACCUCGCUGCCAUACUGGAGUAUCUCUGCGCUGAAGUCCUGGAGCUCUCGGGCAACGCGGCCCGUGACAAUAAGAAGUCGCGCAUUGCUCCACGGCACAUCCAACUAGCUGUGCGGAACGACGAGGAGCUGAACACGCUGCUGGGUGCGGUCACCAUAUCGGAGGGUGGUGUCCUUCCAAACAUCCAAGCCGUGUUACUUCCCAAGAAGAGCAAGCAACCUAAAGACAACGGCAGCAAUGCCAACGACGUCCAGUCUCAAGAGUUUUAGAAUGUACCAUACAAGCUUUUACCGCAAACUCGUCCCUUUCACCGUUUUCCUUAAUAAAAUAACAAUUUUAACGUG